GGCGGCGGCGGCGGGCCGCAGUACAGGGGGGUGAGGCGGCGGAAGUGGGGGAAGUGGGUGUCGGAGAUCAGGCAGCCCGGGACCAAGGUCCGCAUCUGGCUGGGGAGCUUCGACUCGGCGGAGAUGGCGGCGGUGGCGCACGACGUCGCGGCGCUGCGGCUGCGCGGGAGGGACGGCGCGCAGCUCAACUUCCCGGGCUCCGUCGGCUGGCUCCCCCAGCCGGCCACCACCGACCCCGUCGACAUCCGCGCCGCCGCCGCCGAGGCGGCCGAGCGGGUGCGCCGCGAGCCGGCGCUUGUGUCCGCCGCCGCCUCCGCGGCGCCGCGGCGGCUGGAGCUGGGCGGCGGCGACGGCGAGUUCGACGAGAUGGAGUCGCCGAGGCUGUGGGCCGAGAUGGCGGAGGCCAUGCUGCUGGACCCACCGAAGUGGGGCCCAGAUGGCAGCGACGGGGCCGACGGCUCAUCCCAGAGCUGGGCCCACGGCUCACUCUGGGACGGAUGCUAGUUAAUUAUGUUAAGCUUAAUUAGACGGCUGGUUAAUCAACCAGCUCGUAGUACUAUUAUAUGCGUCUAAUUCUCGUUUUUAAUUAUUUUGGUGGUUAAUUAGUUUGAUGAAAGCAUAUAAAGCUACUAAUAUGACAUGUUUUUUCCUAAAAAUAAUAUGACAUAUUUAAUCGGGGCAUAUAUAUGG